AUGUCGGAUAAGAAUAAAUUAGAACUAAACAGUUUCGGCGGAUCAGCCGCUGGUGGCGAACGAUAUCAGCCCAAUGCUAAUAACGCCAGCUCUGCCACAACUGGUGCCACAACUGGUGCUGUGCCUACGGAAGUGAAAUUAGUUGAUUCAGAUUUACCCGAGAGAGGCCAGUGGUCGGGCAAAAUGGACUUUCUUAUGUCAUGUAUCGGUUAUGCCAUCGGAUUAGGAAAUGUCUGGAGAUUUCCAUACCUUUGUUAUAAGAAUGGAGGAGUUGAUCUAACAUUGGAUCACAAAAUCAGUAUAAAUCGAAAGGAAUUCUAG